AUGAAGCAGAAUUUCACCACUGCUGAGAUCCAGGGUGACUUUGUUGAUCUUUGCCAGCUGAUGCUUCUCUCGUCUCCGCCGCCUCUCCUCCUCCAUCUGCUCCUCGAGCUCCUCGUCUCUUCUCUCAGCACCAGAGUCCCAUCAGACGCCUCCGAGUUGCUGCCGGCUCUCUGCUCUCUCCUCGCCGCUCUCUCAUGCACACCGAACUUGACUGUGGUGACCCAGAAGCCUCCUGUUCUCACGGUGAAGGGAGGAGAAAAGAUCACCAUGUACUGUAACCUGGGAACUGUUACUGGUAGUGUUGCACGAUGGUACAAGCAGGUUCCCUCCCGACUCCCUUAUAGCUCGUCCCCGCCACCUCUCCUCCUCCAUCUGCUCCUCGAGCUCCUCGUCUCUUCUCUCAGCACCAGAGUCCCAUCAGCCGCCUCCGAGAUGCUGCCGGCUCUCUGCUCUCUCCUCACCGCUCUCUCAUGUGUCAGUGGUGUGACUGUGGUGACCCAGAAGCCUCCUGUUCUUCAGGUGAAGGGAGGAGAAAAGGUCACCAUGUACUGUAACCUGGGAACUGUUACUGGUAGUGCUGCACGAUGGUACAAGCAGGUUCCAGGAGAAGCUCUUCAGUAUGUGUUAAGACAUUAUCAUGGCUGGAGCUCUCCUGAGUAUGGAUCUGGUUUCUCAGCUCCUAAAUUCACAUCCACACACUCGUCCAAGUCUGAUUACAAUCUGAUAAUCAAUAACGUGGAGGUCGGAGACUCUGCUGUGUAUUACUGUCACACAUGGGACAACUCUGCUCAGGAGCACGUAUCACAGUGA